AUGACCACAAAUAGCAAUGUAUCAGGUGAAAGAUCACCUUUCGAAGGCUCGUGCUGCAGUGGACAAGGUUUAGCUGGCGACAGCACAGAGAGUGAUAUAGAGGAAGGUACAAAGUAUAGAGUUGUACUACUUGGUGAUUCAGGAGUUGGAAAAACAGCUUUGGUUUCACAAUUUAUGACCAGCGAAUAUAUAAACACAUAUGACGCUAGUUUAGAUGAUGAGUUUGGAGAGAAGACGGUAUCAAUUUUACUAGAUGGUGAAGAAUCUGAAAUGAUAUUCAUUGAUCAUCCCCACAUUGAGAUGAGUGUGGAAAAUUCUCUCUCAACAUACGAACCGCACGCCUGUAUUGUUGUCUACUCAGUAGUAUCACGUGCAAGUUUCAAGGUUGCGGAAGAAAUGUUAAAUUAUCUCUGGAGAGAACAUCAUACACAGGAGCGAUCCGUUAUCGUUGUGGCCAAUAAAUCGGAUCUUGAAAGAAGCAGAGUUAUUACACCAAACGAAGGAAAGCAGUUGGCAACAUCUCGAGACUGUAAAUUCAUAGAAACUUCUGGUGGUAUUCAACACAACGUCGAUGAGCUUUUAGUUGGAGUUCUAAAACAAAUUCGUUUGCGAGAAACACGGGACAAGAAACUACGCCGACAAGGUAGCAAAAGUAAAAUUCUGUCAAAACUUCAUGGUAGUAAAACUGCUUUAAGUUUAAAUCUCGCCAAAGAAAUACUAAAUAAAAUGUGUUUAAAUGAUAGUAAAAGUAAAAGUUGUGAAAAUCUUCAUGUUUUAUAAAUUUUUCAAUUUUAAUCAAUUUUUUUUAACAAUUUUGUUUUAAUUUUUAAAUUUUAAGCAAAAUUUUUAUUUUUACAAGAAAGAAUGCCACACUCUGUAUAUUGUUGAAACGGUUAACGAACGGAUUACAUUGUAAAAUUUAAUUUCUGCAAAUCGAUAUUUUACACUGGUAUAAUAUGAUUAUAAAGCGGAUUUCGAAUGUAUGUUUGGAAUUUAAUUUCAUAAACCCA